AUGGGCCAGAAGUGUCCUUUAGAGGGUCACCAACAGUAUCUCCAAUCACAGCUGCCUUAUGUGCAUCCGAGCCUUUUGGACCAAGACUACGAGCAUGUUCUGAAGCACCAGCCUGUUCUUGCCAUUAGUGCCCUCCAUAAGACCCGGGAUCGUGUUGAACUGCCUCCGCACUUCCUCCACCAUCUUCAGAGCAGCACUGCCCACACUCUUCAUUGUCAUUGCCGAGAACCAGUAAGGAAGCAUGGCUCCCACAAUCAGCCCUAUGAAUACCUUUGGAGUCAGCACGUCUACAGUCGUGAUGCCCGCACGACUCACAAACGCGCCAAACAAGGCCAGGGACACCAGAGCAGCAGACCCGAUUGCGAAUCCCUCAAUACCGCCAGCAUUGUCGCUGAUGGGGCCAUAAGCAUCAAUAGCCAAACCAGUUGCUAUAGUGCUCAGCAUUCCGAGGGCAGCCACAGCAAUACCGUACAUAGCAGCAAAACUAAAGCUUACGAAAAUGCUAAUUGCGAUGGCGAAAAUUGGGAUGAUAACUGA